AGCAAGAAAGCUACAAACACGAAAGGUGCUUGGCUAAAUAACUGCUUUAAAAAAGUUUUGAGACUCGGUGCGAGAAAUAGCGUAACUGUGUUAUCGGCUGCUUUUAGUAUUUACAGUGAAUUAUUGUGAAGGCUGUCAGCUUGAAGUUCAGUUCCCCCUGCCUUUCGUCUUCUGCUCUGACACUCCUCUCCGAGCAUGGGAAGCACACCUCACUCUGGACCCCUCUAGAGUCUCUGUUCGCUUUUCAAACUUCACUACAUGGAGUCCUCAACCAACAGUCUGGUUGUUGGGGUGGACCACCUGCUUGCUGCCAGGGGACCACUCCUGUCUGCUUAAAACGCUCAAGAAAGUGUGAGGGAUACCACGUUCGCCCUGACUGUCAACAUGCAGGAAACAGAGUACACAAGAUAUGAUGUGUCCGCGGACGGCAGCGGGGAGUUCACCGACCGAGCGUGCGUAAUGGAGACGCGUCUUCAGGCCCACGAGGACGAGAUCACGCUGCUCAAAUCCUCACUGGCGGACGCCCUGCGCAGGAUCCACCUGCAUGAGCAGCUUCUCCCUGUACUCAAACAGCAGCUCAUUGCAGUAAACCCUGCUGCUGCCAGAAUCAUCAACCAAGUCUCCUGCCAUGAUACAUGUUCUUCCAUCUAUGGAGUACGCCAACCUCAUGCCAGCCAAUCAGCACAGAUUGUUGUGAGCAGUACAAAUGGCCACACAGUUCCAGCAGAACCCAGACCAGCCACUGUUGACAGGUCCAGUCAGACAGAAGCCAUCAAGACGGGGCUGGAUGGAGGCCAGGGCAGGGUGUCGUUAUCCGGGCGGGUGCAGAGCCUCCACCUGGAGGACGCCCUCCUACCGCACGUGUCAGUGGCGGAAGGGACGCGGGCUAAGCUGAACCGGGUCCCUGGUAUGGAGGUGGACGAGGAGGACAUGGAAGACGAUGAGGAAGAAGGAGGAGUUGGGGAGCAGGACAAGGAGUUGAGUUGGAUUUCGACAGUGGAGGAGCCCAUUCAGGCUACCACCAUCAUCAGCCUCCAAGAUGGAAGACGUUCUCCGGAAGAUGCUGACUUUUUACCAGCUUCAAGCAGACCUUCAGAUCAGAACUCCGGCCCCUCGUCCAGUCCUCUGUCUCCCAUCCAGGAAGGACGGAAGCAACCGCUGGUGAGAACCAACAGCGAGAAACUGGCGAACCGGAAGAGGCAGGUCAGACAUCUGGACAAGAAAGCCGCGUCCUCGGCCAACCUCCUGAACCGCUCGCCAAGCUUGGAGAAUCGUGCCAGGGAACUUAUCGCCAGUGCAGGCUCCAGAAGAGGAACUUACAGUCAAGAACAGUCCAUCAAGAUGUUCAUCCGUGGCCGUCCCAUAACCAUGUACAUCCCCUCCAACAUCCAGAAUUACGAAGAGCUGAAGAUGGAGCCGCCCUCUGAGAGACUGGAGCUGGACUGGGUCUAUGGUUAUCGGGGAAGGGACUGUCGUGCCAACCUGUACUUCCUCCCGACGGGCGAGGCGGUCUACUUCACAGCCUGUGUUAUUGUCCUGUACCACAUCAACAAGCGCACGCAACGCCACUACCGCAAACACACUGAUUGUGUUCGCUGUCUCACACUGCAUCCUGAUAAGGUGCGAAUAGCAUCAGGCCAAACAGCGGGCGUGGAUAAAGACGGCAAGCCCCUGCAGCCAUGUAUUCAUAUUUGGGACUCGGCCACUUUGGUAACCCUGCAGCAAAUCGGACUUGGAACUUUCCAGAGAGGAGUAGGAUCUGUUGCCUUUUCCACAAUGGAUUCCGGAGUUUUCCUGUGCGUGAUUGAUGACUCCAAUGAACACAUGUUGUCAGUAUGGGACUGCACCAAAGGCACCAAGCAAGCGGAGAUAAAGACCACCAACGAAGCUGUGUUCGCCGUGGAGUUCCACCCUGGUGACAGCAGCAACAUCAUCACCUGUGGUAAAUCCCACGUCUACUUCUGGAAUCUGAACGCCGGCCAGUUCACCAAGAAGCAAGGCAUCUUUGGAAAAUACAAGAAGCCCAAGUUUAUCCAGUGCUUUGUGUUCAGCCUGACUGGUGAGGUUCUGACUGGAGAUUCAGAGGGGAACAUCCUGACAUGGGGCAAGUCUGCCGCAGAUAUCAAAACUCUUGGCAAAGGAGCCAAAGAAACCCUGCAGAUUAUGCGACAGACCAGAGCGCAUGAAGGCAGCGUGUUUACCCUCUGCAACCUGCAGGGUGGUGGUCUGCUCAGCGGCGGCAGCAGAGACCGCAAGAUCAUCCGCUGGAGUGCAGACCUGGCCCCCGAGCGAGAGUGUGAGAUCCCGGAGAAGUUUGGGGCGGUCCGCACCAUUGCUGAUAUGGACGGAGAGGAAGUGUUAGUUGGAACGACAAGAAACGCUAUCCUCAGAGGCACCUUCUCUGACGGAUUUGUGGCCAUUGUGCAAGGUCAUGUCGACGAGAUGUGGGGGCUGGCGACGCAUCCUUCCAUCAACGUCUUCCUCUCCUGUGGCCACGACAGGCAGGUGUGUGUAUGGAACACUGAGGAACACAAGCUGGACUGGUCCAUCACCCUGGAGGAAUAUGGCCUGUGUGCUGAUUUCUGCCCAAAUGGAUCAGUGGUUUCAGUUGGCCUUAACACAGGAAGAUGGGUGGCUCUGGACCUGCUAACCACGGAGGUAAUCUCUGAGUCCGUUGACGGGAACGAGCAGCUGUCCGUCAUGAGGUACUCUCCAGAUGGCAGCUGUCUGGCUGUGGGCUCUCAUGACAACUUCAUCUACAUCUACAACGUAACAGAAAGUGGGCGACGCUACACUCGGUUUGGGAGGUGCAAUGGCCACUCCAGCUUCAUAACUCAUUUGGAUUGGUCCAAAGAUGGGAGGUACAUUAUGUCUAAUUCAGGGGACUACGAGAUCCUCUACUGGGACAUUGCUGCAGGCUGCAAACUGUUGAGGAAUCGCUUUGAGAGCAAAGACAGGGAAUGGGCCUCCUACACCUGCGUGCUGGGCUUCCACGUCAUGGGUGAGGGAUCAAACAGGAGGAAUGGCAUCGCUGUCAAUGUGUGGAAAGUCACUGCUGGCUGUUCUGCUGCAGGUGUGUGGUUGGAGGGCUCCGACGGCACAGACAUCAACGCGCUGUGUCGCUCCCACAGCGAGCGCGUGGUGGCAGUGGCCGACGACUUCUGCAAAGUCCAUCUCUUCCAGUACCCCUGUCCCAAACCAAAGGCGCCCAGCCACAGGUACGAGGGCCACGGCAGCCACGUCACCAACGUGCGCUUCACCCACAGCGACUCCCACCUGCUCUCCAUGGGCGGCAAGGACACGUGCAUCCUCCAGUGGAGAGUGAUUCGGCCGACCUCGACCUCAUCGACCGCUGCCAGCUCUCCAGAACCUGCCAGCAGCAGCUAGAGCAAGGAAAGACAGAAGCGAUUCCAAGCAGAACAAGAAGAAGAAGAGCAGCAACAUACAUGAAGCCAGUGGACAGCUGCCAGAGUUGCACACAUGUACAGAAGGCCUCUAAAGCACUAGCAUCUAUAAGAAAUGCGAGUGGAACUGGAACAUCAUGUCCUUUCUUAAAAAACGAAAUGCAAAAUGUGACUAUUGAGAGAACAUUCUUGAGUUUUUAUCCAUCUCAUGCUUUGCCGUGGUGUAUGACACUGUAAUUGAUCUACUAUAUUUCUACAAUGUGUUAUAUAUUUUAACUGUUUGGUGAAUGUAGGCUGCCUUUAUGCUUACAUCAGAGAUAUCCAAAGUACGGCCUGGGGGCCAUUCUUGGCCCGCAGCUAGUUUUUUAUUGGUUCUCUGCACUUGCUAAAAAUAGAAUGAAUUCAUUAUUAAUAGGAGAUAUUAUUAAAUAUUGCCCUAAUUUGCUUUUUCACCUUAAACACAAAAGGUAGGAUGUUGAUUGUAGUAGCUUACCAUACACUGACCUACAAAAUCUACCAAAGCGGCCCCCCCUGUGUCCUUUAAUUUUUUCUCUAUGCAUUAAAGGUGGUGUCCCUCUUCAA